AUGACACAUUCCUGCUGCUCUCCUUGCUGCCAGCCCACCUGCUGUAGGACCACCUGCUGCCAGCCCACCUGCUGUGGGUCCAGCUCUUGCGGAUCCAGCUGCUGCCAGCCUUGCUGCCACCCAACUUGCUGUCAGACCACCUGCUGUAGGACCACCUGCUGCCAGCCAACUUGUGGGACCAGCUGCUGCCACCCUUCCUGUUGCACCACUCCCUGCUGCCAGUCCACCUGCUGUGGGUCCAGUUCCUGUGGCCAAACCUGCUGCGGGUCCAGCUGCUCUCAGCCUUGCUCUUGCAGUGGCCCCGUGUACUGCUCAAGAACCUGCUACCAACCAACGUGUUGCUGCGUGCCUGGUUGCCUAACCAAUAGCUGUGGAACCAGCUGCUGCCAGCCUUGCUGCCAGCCCACCUGCUGUGGGUCCAGCUGCUGCCAGCCUUGCUGCCAACCAGUCCGCUAUCAGACCACCUGCUGUAGGACCACCUGCUGUCAGCCAACUUGUGUGACCAGCUGCUGCCGCCCUUCUUGUUAA